AUUGUCAAACACCAAGAUAGAUCAAGAAAAAGUUCAUCUCCACCACACACCAUCCACCAUCCUCUUUAGGAGCUAGAAUGGACAACAGAAGAUUAAACAAGCUCUACCAAACAGGCGUAGUGAUCAAGCAGAUAGUGAAGAGAUGUUCCAGCCUAGGCAAAAAACAUCAUGGCUACAACAACGACGAUGAACUCCCUCUUGACGUACCCAAAGGACACUUCGUGGUCUACGUCGGAGAAAACCGGAGUAGGUACAUUGUCCCCAUCUCCUUCUUGGCCCGGCCCGAGUUCCAGCGGCUUCUCCACCGGGCCGAGGAGGUUUUCGGGUUUGACCAUGACAUGGGGGGCCUCACCAUUCCCUGCGACGAACACGUGUUCCAAUCGCUGACGUCCAUGCUUCGAUAAAGUAUAUGAUCCGACGGCCGGAGAUAGAUGUUGAUGGAGCUGCGAUGUGAGGAUGGUGAUUAUCCUAUCCGAUCCGAUCCUCAUCAUAAUAUAGUCCAGGCAGGAAAUUAAUAGCCAGCUCUGAUAGAUUAUUACGAGUAUAAUUUUUUUUUAUUAAUUACUAAUUGUUUUUUACUGACUGGAGUUGGGUUUUAAUCCUCUCUCGAAGAAAUAAAAAAAAAAAAAAGAAAAAAAAAACAAACCUGCCGAGUAUUUCGCAAGUUGUAAAGUUUGAAAGGAUUUAAUUUCC